UUCUACGAUAUUUCGAACAGAGUACAAAUUAUAUUGUGCUUAGGAAUUUCGUCAAGCCAAUUCGAUAUCGAUUUCAAUGUCUAUUCCAAAUUUAAUGCAGGGCCGGCAAUGGCGUCAGGAACUGAAUGCCGUUCACUAUGCCAUGCUCCGUGUGACGACGUGCUGUUACUUUUUCAGCCUGAAAUUGGGCUGCAAGCUUAUUGUGGUAUUCGAAAAUAUUCUGGGUCUAUGGCAGAUGUACCAGGGCUGCAGCGAACUAUAUGGCAGGGAUGACAAAUCGCCACCCCGAUGGACGCAUAGCAAACCGAUCGAACAGAAUGCCGAGCUCAAUAUAUUGUUUGGCCUCAUUGCGUUCUUCUGUUCCCAUCUGCUGUUGAUCGGCGUUGUCUUUCAACGCAAGAUAUGUGUCUUGAUUUGGAUUUCUGUGAUGGCAGUGUGCAUUGUGGCGUUCCUGCUCUACACGCAGGUCUUUGGGUGUAGAUCCGAUACUAUGCUAUGGGAUACAUUCAUAUCGGCUCUUCAAGGAUACUUUUUGGGGAUUGGCUUAGUCUACUAUAUGCACAUGGGACGCAGAGAAGAGACUGACGAGGAUCUCGAAGUACUCUUUACGAUUAGCGAAGUCUAGGAUCUCGGUUCGUCUCAAGUCUGCGAGGUAAACAUAUGUGGCAUUCGACAUUUGAUUUGAUUUAAUGGUAUAGAAAUAAAAGAUUCAUUGAUGCAGUUUCUCAA